CAAAUGGCAAAAGAAAGAAAUUGUUGGAUCGAGUAACUUCGCUGCCUGUAUUUUGGUGAUUUUAUCAUCAGUUUAGAAUCGAAUGAGUUCAAUGAAAAUCGAAUAAAAUUAACAUAAAAAUCAGAAAACGUUCCAAUGUACGGUUUGUAAAAUAAAUGCAAUAAAUAAGUUAUUGGCUAGAAAACGUGACGGAAAUACUGUGAAACGAAAAGAAGCUGCAAUCAAAACGCGGUCGCGAAUUUAAAUAAAAUAUUUUGUGUAAGAAAUUGUGAAAAUUUGUGCUUAUAAAAAAUAAUAAAAACACGAGAAUCGAUUUUUACAACGCGACUAUUUUGUAAGGAAACUUUGCAUUAAUAAUUACAACAAUUAUAAUAUACAAUAACAGGCUACAAUAAUAAACAUAAAGCUGGCAAAAAAGAAAAAUCGACAGUAUAUAAGAAAUUGUAAACAGAAACGUUUGGAUAAAAGGGCAAACAAUAAGGGCAACGACAAUAAUAACAAUGAACACAUUCGUACGUCAUCAGCCGAAAAUCCUGCGUAACGGGCAGACCUGGAUGACAUUCAGCAAAGAUGGAAAUAGAAAGUACUCCACACCACAAUAUUUACCCCGCUAUGCGCUGCGACGACUCAAUGGCAGUUCGGCAAGUUCAAGUUUAUGGACGGGCGGCAGUUGUACAGGUGCACAAGUUGGAAUGCAGUCAAUGUUGCUUUCCCGUUGGAAUGAUAUCAGUGAAUCCAGUUAUCACACUGAGAACAGCGGAUUGUAUUACACAACCAGAAAAUUCCAUUUAUCACGUCGUUUAGGUGAAAAUGCUUCGUCAAAAGUUGAAGUGACCGUCAAAACGAUGAAGGAGAAACAAAAAGAAAAGGUCGAAGAGAUCAUAAAGGAAGCAAGCGCGCCGGCAGUCACUAAAGCGGUCGGUGAACCAGUAGAAACUGGAAAAGCAGUUGCUACUGAGCCACCAAAGGCGGUUAUCGCUAAAAAGCCGUUGGGCACACGCAUCUGGGAAGAAUUGGUGCAUUAUUAUCAUGGAUUCCGGUUGCUUUUUAUCGAUAUAAACAUUUCACGUAAACUACUGUGGCGUAUACUUAAUGGAAAGACGCUAACGCGUCGUGAGAAUAAACUACUUUUGCGCACCACCUCUGAUCUGUUCCGACUGAUACCCUUUUCGGUGUUCCUAAUCGUGCCGUUCAUGGAAUUGCUCUUGCCAUUCUUUAUACGUUUCUUUCCGGGCAUGUUACCGUCCACGUUCCAGACCGCCAAGGAUCGCGAAGACAAACUGAAACAAUCACUGCAAGUACGUCUCGAGAUGGCGAAAUUCUUACAAAAAACACUGGACGAAAUGGCUGUGCAGCAUAAGGAUCACAAAAGUGAGGAUGCCAAACAAUUUGCUGAAUUCUUCGAAAAGAUAAAGGAUCCCAAAGAGCACGUAACGAUUGAAGAGAUCAUCAAGUUCGCCAAACGUUUCGAGGAUGAAGUCACAUUGGACUCAUUGUCACGCGAGCAAUUGGCCGCUUUGUGUCGCGUGCUCGAGCUUAACACCAUGGGCACCAGCAACUUGCUACGCUUUCAAUUGCGCGUUAAAUUGCGUUCGCUUGCCGCUGACGAUCGCGUAAUUGCGCGUGAAGGUGUCGACGCAUUGGAUCUAUUUGAAUUGCAGCAGGCUUGCAAGGCGCGCGGUAUGCGUGCCUAUGGGCUGACAUCGGAAAAGUUGCGCUCACAGCUACAGGAAUGGAUUGAUCUGUCGCUAAAUGAAAAGGUACCACCGACGCUACUCUUACUCUCACGUGCACUACUGAUUUCCGAAGAAGCCGCCACGACGCAUAAACUGGUCGAGACACUUCGUGUACUACCCGAAGCAGUGGCGACAAAGACGAAGGAAAAGAUUGGCGAAAGCGAAGGUAAAAUCGAUAACAAAACCAAGAUUGAAGUGCUUAAAGAAGAAGAGCGUAAAAUUAAGGAGGAGCGUGAGGAAGAACGCGAGGCUGAAAAGGCCAAAUUGGAGGAGGAGAAGGCAAAGGCAAGCGAAGAAUUGCUCAGCAAAGUACCCUAUUCUAGCACUUCGUCUAUCACUGAGGAGCGUAAACAAGCAGAAGCCAGCAAUAAUAUAUCCUCAAAAGACGUGGAAUUACUGUCCGAUGCACUAAAAUCAUUGUCGACGGAUAAGAAGAUGAUGGUUGAGAAAGAGACACUGAAAGAUCUCAAAGAGGAACUUGAAGAUUACAAGGAAGAUGUGGAAGAAUUGCGUGAGGUGCGCAAUGUGGUGAAGGAACCAGUGCACGAGAGUCGCGCGGCGAAAUUGCUCUUCAAGAAGGUGAAUAGCAUGAUAGGACACUUGGAUAAGGUGUUAGUGGAUUUGGAGAAGAAGCGCGAAAGUAAGCAAAAGAAAAUUAAAGCAAGCACGGAAGAAGUUUUGGCUGGACCAUUACAAAGCCAGGAACUUGCGCAAGACGAGGACACGGUGCACAUCGAAGAGCUUAUGAAUACUAUAAAGAAGUUGCAAAAGACUUCCGAUGAAACACGCUUGAAGCAAAUCGAAAAAGUGCUAAGCAAAAUCGAUGCCGACAAAGAUGGCUUGAUCACCGUGGAUGAAGUGCUGAACGUCGUUGAAGCGAUCAGUCGCGAAAACGUGAACUUGUCAGACAAACAAAUCGAGGAAUUGGUGACAUUGCUCGAUAAGGAGAACAUCAUAGAGGCGGAGGAACGCUUGGAGAAGGCCAUUGCGAAGAGCAUUAAAUUGGCAGAAAAACAAAUUAAAGAUCAACAAAAACUGGUAGAAGAACAGAAGACCGCAGAUGUGCUGAAGGACACUGCACCAGAGCUGAAGGAUAAUGCCAAGGACUUGAGCGCAGAUUCUCAAACGAAGGUUUUAAAAACUGAGGUGAGCAACGAAAAGAGUCCACUCUUGGAGGCCGCAGAAAAGCAAAAGGAGAAGAUACUCCCGAAGAAUGAUAUAUCCGCGCAAAUACCACAACAGCCGCUACCCGCACCACCACCGCCACCAACAGCGACCCAAGUGAAUCCAAAAGAUAAAAUGCUAUGAUUUGAGGAUGAUGGUGAUAAACCCAAAAAACAAACCCCAGAUAACAGUCGUCGAAGCAAGUAAAAUUGUGUUGAAAGAAAAACAAGACAAAACAUUAGGAAAAAACAACAUUUGACGACUUGGUUGUUUUUAGGGCAUAAAAUGUGAUGUGUAAGCGUGAGUGUGUGCUGUGUGAUAAUGAAAAAUGUGACUUAGAUGAUUGUUGGCGGACUAUUGUGGAAAAUAAAACUGGAAAGGUGUAAAGUUAGUUAUUGAAGAGAGAUGAAAUUUAGUUCGGUGUUGCGAUGAGCAAGCUUAAAUGAUAACAGCUCUUAAUGAAACUGAUGCGAUGGAAGGCAUUUAAAAGCAUUUGCUGCACAAAUAUUAAUUAAGAAAGUGGAGGAAGACAAUAUAAUAAUAACAAUAAGUGGAAAUGAAGAAAUACUAUUAUCUCUUGUUUUUAUUAUUAUUAUUGUUUGAACAUUCGCUUUGUUGCGUCGCAAGUGCUUUUAAAUAGUUUCCAAUGUCAAAAGAUUGCCUCUCUAAGCAGCAUGCCUAUUAUUUAUCACAACCAAAAUUCUAAUUUUAUUAAUUCCAAGAAUUCAAAUUGUUUUGUAAGCUGUAACGUCAUGUAUUUGCAGUAGAAGAAUGCUAAUAAAUUUAUAAAACUAAUUUUGUGCUUAUUUUUGGCAGUUCUUUAUUUAUAAACAAAAUCGAUAACAAAUAACUUUGACAGUCCGCUGGCAAAUGUGACAUUAGGCAAUAAAAAUGGAAUUUUUUGCAAAAACGCAUAAAGUAUUUAUAACAUCUUUCACUGUUGUUGCUGUCGGUCUGCUUACAAAACUCAACCACAAAUUCUGAGGCUGUAAAAUUACAUAAACAUAUUAAAACUUUUUAAAUUUAUUUUAAUUUUUUAUUUGCUUUGUAACUUCAUGUGUGUUGUAUAAAUUAAAUUAUAUAAAGAUAUUGUAAAAAUUUUGAUACUAAAUGUAAACAAUGUAUAUGAAAGUUGGUUAAUAUACAUACAGAAAGAAAAUCAGUAAAAUCCAUGCAAAACAACUACAACAAAUUGUAAACUGCUCCAAAUAUUAGCAAUUGGAGUAAGUACUUAACUGCUAGAUAUUGUAAUUUAAUAUUUAAAAGCAAACAGUUUAAGUAAAAAAUAUAUAAGUGAUCUAAAUAUAAAUGGUGAAAUCGGUGGGUUAGUGCUAAAACAUAUAAAAUAUGUGUAUGUACAUAGUUACUAAGUUUGUUCAACUUUAUUCACAAUGGACGAAAAGUAACGCUCGACUUCAAAGCUGUUUAAUUUUCUUAUGUAAUUGCUUUGUUUUCUAUUCGCUGAUAUGCAUAAAGUGCUAUUGUUAUUAACAAUAUAAUUUAAAUUAAUUUUUUUCAAUAAAAAAAUAUUUUUCAGUGCUUCACGAUAUCAUUGAUAUAUCCCACAGAAUUGCUGCCUCAAGUCGGUAUUAUAUAGCUUUGCAAAAUGUAUGUAUGCCCACGGUUUCGAGUAGUAACAAUAAAAGCCCCUAAAAUUGUAAAAUGGGUUCCUAAGCAUUAACUGACAACAACAAAACAAAUUAAUAUGUAUAAUAUAUGCAAUUGCUUUAGUUGUGCUACAGCUACUAAACAUACCAAUUUAUGUACAUAUGUGUAUGUUUGUGUAUAUGUAUAACCGCGAUACUUCGAUGCACAUGAAUUUAUGCUUUAAUUUUAAUUAUUUGUAAAUUACAAACUUGUAUAUUAUGAAAUUCUAAUGAUAUAAUUGAGUACAAUAAAAACGACAUCUAAAAA